UUCCUGAUCCUAUACUUAUCAUUUUUGGGACUUUGUUUGAAGAUGGGCGUGGCUAACAGAUGACAGGUGCCACAUUUCUAUUUCUUAAUCCUCGAACUUCUUUGCAGGACAGUGCCGUGAGGCAUGCUACAACUACACAUGCUAUGCAGUGAAAGCAUUACUUGAUCGAUUCAAAGAUCAAGAUUCUGAUAAGCCUCAAUGCACAUCAGUGGGCAAGGAAGUCCAAGCCAGGCUACCCGCUGCCCUGCGGCAUGCAAGGGACUAUCGGGGAAUCAAUUACAAUAGUAUAUAGAAUCCGACAAAUCUCUGCUGAUGGAACAAAUGUCUUCUCCGUUUUCAACGAUUAUUCCUACCUGCACAUGCGCAUCAUCGCCUUUUGACCACCCAAAAGCUGAUAUCAUCCUGCGGUCCUCAGAUAGGGUCGAUUUCCGUGUCUUCAAGCUUUUUCUCGCCCUCGCCUCCCCGCUCUUCGAGACUAUGUUUGAGCUCCCCCAACCAGCAGCAGUUGGGACGAGUGAUGAUACAAAGGAUGGUCUCCCUGUCAUUUCCAUGCAGGAAAAUAGCAAAAUAUUAGACACUUUCCUCAGAUUCUGCUACCCUUCCACAUUGGCGGAAGAUCCUUCGCUUGAUAACCUGAUAGACAUCAAAGCCAUCAUCGGGGUUGCGAAGAAGUAUUCGCUGAACCUGAUAGAGAGGAGGGUUUGUCAGGCUCUCGCUAGCCCCAAGGUCCUCGAGGCAGAGCCUCUUCGCUGCUUCGCAAUCGCCCGGAACGCACGGCUCACAGAUGAGACUAUCGUCGCUGCCAGAUACACCCUACGACAACCCUUGAUUCCCACAUGCUUACCAGAGAUCGAUAUGAUCACCGCGUCUGACCUUCUCGCUCUUCUCACGUACCACAAGAAGUGCAGCGUUGCAGCAGCGUCAUCGCUUGCCAACUUGGAUUGGAUGACGAACUAUUAUAGCAAUCCAAGCGGUUGUAAUUGGUUGUUGGACACACGGCAAGCAGACUUUCGGGGAAAACUACCAGAUCCCCCCUGCAGAUGCGCACGGAGUGAUAAAGCCAAAUUCCACUUGUGGAAAUCUGCUCCGUUCUCUUGGUGGACUACUUAUAUGGAAGAAACAUUCGAGUUAUUGAGAGACACUCCUUCUGGCGAUGUCGUGAGGUCGGAGGUAGAAAAGACGAUACAGAAGGUCAGAGAUGUGGGCUGUACCACUUGCUCCGCCCAUGUCAAGGAGAAGAUGGAAGAAUUCAGCAACUUACUUGCCCUCAACGUCGAUAAGGCAACGGCUUCGAUUAAACUAGAGAUUGACCGCGACUUCAGAAUCUUGCCACCUGUCAUGGGUCUCGGCAACUACAAGCUCACAAUCCCGCUUCCGUUUUUUGGGCAGAAGUAGCAAGUCCUGAAGCGAGCAAAAGCUGCGGGGGUUCAAGCAAUACUCGGGGUAUAGUACCGUACAACCGAUGGUCUCGCUAAGUACGUAGGUUAUUUAGACAGAAAGCCAAUACACGAAAAUUCAAGCAAG